AUGAUUUUGCGAAAGACCGUUGGCCCCACAGGGAAGGACUGGAGUCUUAAGCUGGAAGAUGCCUUAUGGGCAUAUCGAACUGCAUACAAAACUCCAUUCGGGAUGUCACCAUAUCGAAUGGUGUAUGGCAAGAGGUGUCAUUUACCGGUGGAAUUGGAGCACAAAGCUUUCUGGGCAGUGAAUAAAGUGAACUAUGAUUGGGACAAGGCAGGGCAAGCAAGGAAGCUAGAGAUCCAAGAGCUCGAAGAAAUCAGGAGAGAGGCAUACGACAAUGCUGUUCUCUACAAGGAAAGAAUGAAAAAGAGCCACUAUGCUUUGAUCACAAACAAGCAAUUCAGCUUUGGGCAAGAGGUUCUCCUGUACCAGACACGGUUCAAAUUUGCACAAGGAAAGCUGAGUACCAAGUGGACCGGCCCAUUUGUGGUGAAGACCCAAUUCCCAAAUGGAGCUGUUGAGAUCGAAAAUCCAAAAUCUGGGAAAGUGUUCAAGGUGAAUGGACAAAGGCUGAAAGCCUAUUAUGGGUAUAAGCCCGACGCUGGGGAGGAACUGGAUCUCGACCCAGCCACAAGCACCUCGGAUUAA